GCAGGCCCUGCCCCCUCCCCGGCCCGGCCCGGCGAGGAUGGGGGACAACAACAGCCCCAUCAGCGUGAUCCUGGUCAGCUCGGGGAGCAGGGGCAACAAGCUGCUCUUCAGGUACCCCUUCCAAAGGCUGCAGGAGCACCCCGCCGCCCAGGCCAGCCAACCGCGGAGCCGAUACGCCGUGAACAGCAGCGGGGACGGCUCCGAGGACCAGGAUGGGGACUCCAGUGAUCAGUGCCCUGUAACUGAUGAGCAAUUGGUGUCAGGGUUUUCCGACGUCAUCCUGGCCACCAUCUUGGCCACCAAGGCCGACGUGUGCGGGCAGAAGUUCGAGCUGAAGAUCGACAACGUGCGUUUUGUGGGUCACCCCACCCUGCUACAGCACGGCCUGGGUCAGGUCUCCAAGACGGACCCGUCCCCAAAGAGGGAGAUCCCCACCAUGAUCCUGUUCAACGUGGUGUUCGCCUUACGGGCCAACGCGGAUCCGUCGGUGAUCAGCUGCCUUCACAACCUGUCUCGGCGCAUCGCCAUAGUGCUGCAGCACGAGGAACGGCGCUGCCAGUACCUCAGCAGGGAGGCCAAGCUGAUCCUGGCCAUCCAGGAUGAAGUGUCCGCCAUGGCGGAAACAGGCGAAGGGCCCCAGUCCCCGUUCCUUCACAUCCUGCCCAAAUGCAAGCUGGCCCGGGACCUCAAGGAGGCCUACGACAGCCUGUGCAGUACCGGCGUGGUCCGGCUUCACAUCAACAGCUGGCUGGAGGUCAGCUUCUGUCUCCCGCACAAGAUCCACUACGUGGCCGCCAACUCCAUCCCUCCCGAGGCCAUCGAGAAGAGCCUGAAGGCCAUCCGACCGUACCACGCGCUGCUGCUGCUGAGCGACGAGGCGUCUCUGCUGGGCGAGCUCCCGGUGGACUGCUCCCCGGCCCUCGUCCGCGUCGUCAAGACGGCCUCAGCCGUGAAGAACCUGCAGCAGCUGGCUCAGGACGCGGACCUGGCUCUGCUCCAGGUGUUCCAGCUGGCUGCGCAUCUGGUGUACUGGGGGAAGGCAAUCAUCAUCUACCCGCUGUGUGAGAACAACGUGUACAGGCUGUCUCCCCAUGCCAGCGUCUGCCUGUACUCCCCUCUGGCCCGACAGUUUUCCAGCCGGUUCCCCGGCCACGACCUGCCGUCCGUCCUGGCCAAGUUCUCCCUGCCGGUAUCGCUGUCGGAAUUCAAGAACCCGCUGGCACCCCCGCUGCAGGAGACGCAGCUGAUCCAGAUGGUGGUGUGGAUGCUCCAGCGCCGCCUGCUCGUCCAGCUGCACACCUACGUGUGCCUCAUGGUGCCCCCGGCCGAGGAGCCGCCGCCUCCGCCCGGGGCCCGCGAUGACGACGUCCCCUUCUCCGCGCGCGGCGGCCGCAGUCUCAGCACCCCCAACGCCCUCAGCUUUGGCUCCCCAACCAGCAGCGACGACAUGACCCUGACCAGCCCCAGCGUGGAGAACUCGAGCGCCGAGCUGAUCCCCAGCGGGGACUCCCCGCUCAACCGGCGGAUGACGGAGAGCCUGCUGGCCAGCCUGGCCGAACACGAGCGCGAGGCCAUCCUCAGCGUGCCCGCCGCCCAGAGCCCUGAAGACCUGCGCAUGUUCGCCAGGCUCCUGCAUUACUUCCGUGGCCGCCAUCAUCUGGAGGAGAUCAUGUACAACGAGAACGCCCGCCGCUCCCAACUGCUCACCCUCUUCGACAAGUUCCGCAGCGUCCUGGUGGUCACCACCCACGAGGACCCCGUCAUCGCCGUCUUCCAGGCCCUGCCCAAGUGAGUGCCCGCCCCGGACCGGCCAGCCGGCGGGCUGAGUCUGGGAUUCCGGACCUGGGCCGCCUCUGCCCGUUGACCCGUUCCCCUCCGUGGCUUGUGGUCGGCCUCUGACCAUCAGUCGCCAUCCUCUUCACAGCCUGCCCCUUCUCGGGGGGGUGCCCCGGGAUCCGCGACCCUCUCGGAUCCACCGCCACCAUGCAAACUGGGCCUGGGCUUCCCCGGGUUGAGGUGCGGAAUCCCCUCUCUACCUGCAUCCGGAGGGCAGGGGCUCAGAGCCAGGGUUCCCCCAACCCCGCUACGGGAACUGAGCCCCAGGACUUGGGGCGGGGGGGUGAGGGCGAGAAGCCCGCUCGGACUCCCACACAGCUUCAGGGGGCACUGGGUGUCCGCUAAGAUAGCCGGGUACUGGGAAGCGGCACGGGAAGGAGGCACCUGGGGAGGGUUGGGCCGAGCUCCGUCAACACCAGAGGGGAAGGGGGGGCUGAUCUCUGAAGAGAGGGGUUUGGGGGUGUCAAAGCAGUCAGGGCUCCCCGGGAGG